AUGAAAUUACUUUACACCUUGACAUUCCUCGUGAUUUUAGCAUGUGGUAUUCUUGCUUUUGAUCAAGAAACCUAUCAACCACUUUCUGAAACAGCUGUCAGAGAUCAUUUCCUUGAUUUUACUCGUAAAUUCCAAAGAUUUUACAAAGGACCAGAAGAAUAUGAAUAUCGUUUGAAGGUUUUUAGAGAAAAUAUCGAAACUAGUCGUAGAAUGAAUAUCAGAGAAGGAAAUAAUAAUUAUGGCAUUACAAAGUUUUCUGAUUUGACAAGUGACGAGUUUAGAAAGUUUUAUUUGAUGGAAAAGAAGACACCAAAGGAGAUUCAAAAGAUGAUGAGAAUGGAUUCUAAUAAGAUGGUGUCUAAUAGUUAUGCCAAACCUGCUCCUGAUCAUUAUGAUUGGAGAAAUCAUGGAGCUAUCACUGGUGUCAAAGACCAAGGUCAAUGCGGAUCUUGUUGGGCAUUUUCUGCCAUUGGAUCCAUUGAAGGUUCCUAUGCCAUUAAACACAAGCAACUCGUUUCCUUCUCAGAGCAACAACUUGUCGAUUGUGAUAAUAAUUGUGUAACUUUUGAAAAUCAACAAUCAUGUGAUGAUGGAUGUAAUGGAGGAUUGCAAUGGUCGGCCUAUCAAUACUUGAUGAAGGCAGGAGGAGUUGUCACUGAAAAGGAUUAUCCUUACUAUGCUGAAAGAUACAAGUGUGAAGUGAAACCAGCUAAUUUUGUUGCUAAAUUGUCUAAUUGGACCAUGUUGUCGACUAAUGAAACUGAAAUGGCUAAUUGGUUGGCUGAAAAUGGACCAAUUGCUGUUGCUUUGAAUGCUGACUUUUUACAAAAUUAUAAUAAUGGAAUUGCUGAUCCUGCUUGGUGUGAUCCAACUCAAUUGGACCAUGGUGUUUUAAUUGUUGGUUAUGGUCUUGAAACUUUCUGGUUUGGUAAGCCACAACCUUAUUGGAUUGUUAAGAAUAGUUGGGGAUAUGACUUUGGAGAAGAUGGAUACUUUAGAAUUGUCAAAGGAGUUGGAAGAUGUGGUAUCAACACUGUUCCUUCUGCUGCCUUUGUUUAUUAA